AUGGCCGGAAAUGGUAUCAUCCAAGUCCUUGGAACUCGCCCCUUGCGUUCCCGUUUGGCUCAGCUCGUGGUUCCAAGAUCGGGUAGGACGGCCCUGGCUCUGCGCUCUGUGGCACAGGGAAACCAGUCAUUCCAGCGCUUCACAAUCGGAGUAUUUCGCAGCAAAUCAUGUCCCUUUCAUCCCUCUCUGGUGGGCAGAAGAAAAGAAGAAGGGCACCGAUCAUUUCUUUUCUGCAAGGGAACUACUGAAACUAUGAAGUCCGAUGUCAUCGCAGUGCGCCAGGUGCUUACACAGAAGGAAUAUGCCAAUGAUUUACACAUAGAGGGUCUGAUAGUACAAUGCCGAUUGACUUACCAACAAGCAAAUAGCAUGAUUGGGAUGGGUUAUUACUAUUACUCUCAUCAAUCGCGAGGGUCAAAAGGCGACGACGAAAAAUCGCGCAUAGUAAAGAGAGCGAGAGUAGGGAAAGGAUCAGGAAAAUUAACGAGGGCCACCACCCGCACGCGGCAAAAAGGCCAUUCACACGAGCCGUCCUCUGUCGGCUCUCGUACCUGUAUCUUACCGGUAGCAUACAGUAGCAUACCUCAUGCCCAUAGUGAACUCCGAGGAAAUAGAGUCAAGCUCCUCCCGACGAGUGUAUCGGGAUUUACGGUAGGGGAACGAGCGAGAGUGGAGGAGGGAGGGGAGAGGGGGGGCGAACUCGGCACAGCGCUGCCGGUCAUAGAGCAACAAGAAGAAGCCAUUCAGUAUGAGAUCGAGACAAAUGGAAAGGCGAACGGCACUAGGCUCGAUCCGGGAGGUGGGAUCCACUUGGCAAACUGGGCUGGGCAACCCAGAGAAGCGGGUCCCAGUCACAACCUUACCUUACCAGGGACAGCGAACUUUCGAUCAGUGGCUACUGCUGCUCCCGGCCAAGACUAG